AAACUGAUCAUAGAUUUGACUAACUUUAGAAUUAUAUUAUACCAAAGUCACUAAUUUGGAUUAGUAACAAAAGCAAUGAAAAUGAUACCACUUUCUAAAGACACUUCUGCGGAAAAUGCUCCACCGUGUCGGUGCUAAAAAGUCGGAAAAAGUAACGGACUGUCAAAAAUUACCUGAUAAAUUGUUCCUAUCAUUUAAAACACAAAAUAUCAUAGUUUUCCUGUUUGUUGUACAAGUGUUCAAUUUUUGUUCUACUCAAGCAUCGCCCUAUCUUCCACAGAAUUGCAAACGAGUAGGACAUUGCAGUAGAUGCUCCAUUUCUCCUGACUAUCGCUUGAAUCCAGACGAGAUAAGUUUGGACAUAUCGAGAAUUAGACAAUCAAUUCAACGAGAUAUCACGGGGUUGAGAGCAUUAUUUGGUUUUACAGAAAGACGAUUGGCUAUGGAAGGAUUUUCUGUAUUAAAGAUAAGAGAAAAAUCUCUACAAGCGGCAGCAAGUACUGCAACAUCUUGCUUGAAUUUCCUUGAUAAAUUUUAUCAAAAUUUACGGCAACAUGCUGGAAAACUUCAACAUAGAAGACAUGAAGUUAGACAACUGCGAAUUUCUUCAAAAGCGUUUAGCAUAAAGAAUAUAAUAAUGGACGGCAGGGUGUUUUUAAAUCAUAUGUGUUUUUGUGAUCUUCAAAACGUUCCAAUUUUGCCCAAGUCAACAAAGCCCUCCUUCGACGUGGCGUCAAAAGUUUUGGAAAUAUUAGAUCGUUCUUUGACAAGAUUAUGCACAACAACCACACUGUGACGCGUGAUAUGUGCGUUAUUAUCGUUCGAUAUGGCAAGGUCUAAAUUUCGAUGAAAAGGAAGAGGAUACCCAAACUCGGGUUACACACGUCAUCGCUCAAUGCAUGUACUAUCAUUCAAUAGAUCUCCGACUGGGAUAGUAAGCCGGCAGAGUCUACAUAUUUGUAGCGGUGCUUAUAUCUGGAUAUAACUAAAUGGUGUAAAUUCGACCAUUAGUUUGGUAAAAUGUUUGCUUGUUUUAUAAACCCAGAUAAUGUCAUAUAUCUUGUGGUCACACCCUGCACUAUUUUUUGUAUAAAAGUAUUCAAGUUUCUAUUCAUUCCAUAGUCUUUUUGCAUGUCACCUCAAGUUACAGUACUUGCACAUUAUUUACGUGUUUCAUUUUUUCAUCCAAUGCUCACUGUUAUCAAUGCACUUGCUCCGAUGAAGAACCAAGUCGCAGAUUAAGGCCGAUGCUCAGUAUUCAAUUUUGAAUAUAUAUUCAAAUCCCCAAUCAUCAUGCACAAAAAAUUCAUGCGAGCUGACCGCAAACAUCACUCAUGGAGUGUUCAGCGUUUACACCCUUUGAUGUUUUGCCACAAAUGGCCACAGCGCCUUUUUUUUUAAAGCGGAUGCCACAUCGCGCCGAGACAUUUGCAAUAUACCGAGGGGCUAACAGCUCUGUCAGCCCUUUUAUCUUUACAUGUGGUUUGGCAGAACGCAAUUUUUUUGGACCACCAUUUCUUGCGAUAACAUUAUUAAAAUGAAACAAAAUCACAAUACAGUGAUCUGAACUGCUGAACAUCCUAUAUUCAAUCUAAUAUUUGUCAACGUUAUUAAUUAAUUUAUUUUGU